AUGAAAGUUUUUCCCACCUUAGCAAAGGACGAAACUUUCAGUUUGUCUGAGCUUGCUAGUGCUUUGGAGUUGGUAUGCAGCCAACAUGCCAUCACUCAGGCUGACCACCAAAUUGCCGAAGUCACACAUGCUGUGGAUGACAUUUGGGCUGGUUACUGCCCUGCAUGUUCUCAUUGUGUGGAAGGGAGACUGAACAAUAACACAGCUGCUGUAGCCGACCAUGUAACUGACAAUAGCGAUACUGAGAGUAACCACUCUGACUCCUUGGGUACUGCCACUUCCAACUCCUUAGGUACCACCACUUCUCUCAUCAACAAUGUAGCUCCCAUCACUAAUGUCACUGCUGCCACAGUGGUGGCUCCAAUCACUCCCGUCCCUCAUGUUAUGGCUGCCACCACCCAAGCAGUGUCACCUACCUUCCACAUGAGUACAUCUGUGUCCCAGUGCUGGCAUAACAUUCACAUUCACGUUAUUGGUGUGCCAGGCGCCUGUUUUGGCUGCUACUCCUCUCUUAGCACUGCUCAGGCUGCAUAUACACAGGCAGAGAAAGAUGGUUCUGUCUCACGCUUGCCGCUUUGA